GGGAUUACCAGUAACUGAAAAAAUAAUUAUACCAAUUCUUGGUGUGUGCGAUACACAGAGCCUUUUUACACCCAGAUAAUUCAUAACCUAAAAUAAUAUACUGAGAGGGGCAAGUAUCUGUGUUUUGCAGGUCUAGAAAUCUUUGUCUGGAAACUCCCAGAACUGAGCAUUAGCUAUUCUAAAUGCUCCAGUUCUAGAAACUUUGACAAAACUAGUGUUGUGUGUUACUUAAGCUGGGAGAGACUAAACCAUCCAUCCUGGGCACUGAGGGCAGUGCAGGGAUAAAAGCGUGAAGAAACAUCAAUGUACUCAAGUGAAAUAUUAAACACAAAAGUGUGCAAAAAAUACUUGAUGUGUUAAAGCUUAAGCAGAGCUUUGUCAGACCUGUCUAGAUGGUAAAGCUUUAAAUAUCUGCAGAGGCACUGUAGUUUAGUGAAGAAAGUCUUGACAAAGUCAUCGUUGAAUGUUUUAUGUCUUGUAAGAAUUAUAAUCACUCAAACUCUAUACAUGACUUUUUAAUAAAAGUAACUCUCAAGCUAGUGAAAUGCUUCAUUGCUGACAGCUUUAUGCAAGUAUCUUCAACCUUAAGCAGUCCUACUAUGAUUGAAGGAAAGCAUUUUGUAUGCAUGGAGGUAUCUGAAGAACAAAAAAAAAAAAAAAAAACACAAAAAAAAGAAUUUUGCUCCCAAUUUCCCUGUUGUUGCUUAAUAGAAAGGUAGAAUAGACUUUAAAAAGCUGUUUCUAAGAAACUUGCACUGAAUGAACAGUGUUGCAGCAGUGUGUGUGAGGGCUUGCCUGAUGGUACUCCUUAUCCAAGUUAGCGUAACGGGGGAUCCCUGCAGAGGUUCUCGUGGAAAGACUUUUCUCGGAUGGAGUCCACGUCCAGUCACAAAUGUAAUUAAGCGCUAAAUGAGACUCAGUGAUUCAAAUUUUCCUUUGCAUUGGCUUUGAAAUCUAUCUACAAAGGUGAAUUAGAAAUUCUAGUUUUCAAUGCUCUUAAUACCAGCUAGUGGAACUGUGGAUUUAUGUGUAGCCUGAAUUUUCUCAUUAGAACUGUUAAAAUCACACUCAUGUUAAACAUCUACAGAUUGUGGGCGACUGUUUCUGCGUGGAAUUUAUUUCUGUAUAAGGAAAAGUUGCAGUGAAGCACAUCUGAAAAUCUGGCUCCUGUUGCACACUAUUGUAAUAUACUGUGAAUUUGUGAAGCCACUCCUCACCAUCUUAACAUAUCGGGGAAUAUAACUCCGGGAUGAAUGCUGCGUGCGUUGUGAAGGUGGCUGUUCAGGAGCCAGGGUUGUAUCCCGAGCUUCGUUCCUCUGAUGCUGAAUGAUAGUCUGAGGACACCUACUGGGCGUUGUUUGUUUCGUGUCUAGUUUUAAACUUGGGGGGUAGCUUAUACCUAAGUUUUUAGACUCUUUCCUAAUGCAGCUACAGGAAGCACCACUAUCUUGAACAAAAUUGUGGAACAGAAACUUGUAUAAAUCGAUAGUAGUGCACAAAAGAGUGGAUGUGAGACUUCUGAUUUAACUGAUCCAUAACAUGGUGGCAGUGCUGGAAGUGAUCUCCAGCCUGGAGAAAUAUCCUAUUACCAAAGAGGCACUUGAGGAAACGAGGCUUGGGAGGCUUAUCAAUGAGGUGAGGAAGAAGACAUCCAAUGAGGAACUUGCCAAACGUGCCAAGAAAUUGUUGCGGAAUUGGCAAAAGUUGAUAGAACCUGUAACCCAGAAUGAGCCAGUGCCAAGAGGGUUGCCGAAUCCACCUGGAUCAGCAAAUGGUGGUGCUCACAACUGCAAACCAGAAGCACCGCUUUCUACCAUGGCUGUAUCAAAGCCAAUCAGUGAAUUGAAAAGCAGGAAUGAUAUACAGAAACUAAACUCUCCUAAAACAGAGAAAUUGGGAAAUCGGAAAAGGAAAGGUGAACAUAGGGAUGGGCAUCAGGGCCCUCCUGCCCCAAAAGUCUCCAAAGCUAGUCAUGAAGUAUUACAAAACUCUUCACCCCCUCCAACGAAUGGAAUUGGAGGUAGUCCUGAAAAUUUUCCUAGUCCUGUAGAUGUAAACCUACAUGCAGGGCCUGAAAGCAGCAGGACAGAACUCAGUGAAAAUGACAAACACAGUAAGAUCCCAGUAAAUGCUGUAAAACCUCACACCAGUUCUCCAGGACUUGUAAAACCUUCAAGCACUUCCUCGUUAUUAAAGACUGCAGUGCUUCAGCAGCAUGAUAAAUCAGAAGAAACCACAGGACCGCACCAACCUAAGAGUCCUCGCUGUUCCUCGUUUAGCCCUAGAAACGUUAGGCAUGAUACUUUUGCUCGGCAGCAUACUACGUAUUCACCAAAGGAUUCAAUGCCUAGUCCAUCUCAAAGGUCUCAGUUGUUAGAUACUGCACAGGUGCCAUCACCGCCACCGUCCUUGAUGCAACCAUCAACACCUCCAAUGCCAGCAAAAAGACUGGAGUUCUCUCAGCAAUCAGUAACUGAGGUGUCUCAGCACUGGCAGGAGCAGGUACCUUCUGAAAGCCAGCACAGGCAUACCGCAGGGACACUUCAACAGCACACAUCUCCCAGCUGCAAAACCAGCUCCCAUUCUGGGGAAUCUCUCACGCCACACACUGGCUUUUCACAGGACACUUCAAAAAUGGACAGUGAUGAUGCUGCUUCAGGUUCAGAUAGUAAAAAGAAGAAAAGGUACCGACCUAGAGACUACACAGUCAACUUGGAUGGGCACGUCACAGAAGGGGGUGUGAAACCUGUGAGAUUAAAAGAGAGAAAACUUACUUUUGAUCCCAUGACAGGACAGAUAAAACCUUUAACACAGAAAGAUCCUUUGCAGGUAGAAAUUCCUGCACUUGCAGAACAGCACAGGACAGAAACGGAAAAGCAGGAGCAAAAACCCAACCUGCAAAGCCCUUUUGAACAAACGAACUGGAAAGAAUUAUCCAGAAAUGAAAUAAUUCAGUCAUAUUUAAACAGACAGAGUAGCUUGCUGUCUUCAUCAGGAGUACAGACUCCAGGAGCUCACUACUUCAUGUCUGAAUAUUUAAAGCAGGAGGAAAGCACUAGAAAAGAGGCUAGAAAGACUCAUGUUCUAGCUCCUAACAGCAAACCUACAGACUUGCCUGGGGUCACGAGAGAGGUCACAAGUGAUGAUCUCAACAGAAUACGUGAACAUAACUGGCCAGGCGUGAACGGUUGUUAUGAUACACAGGGUAACUGGUAUGAUUGGACACAGUGCAUAUCUUUAGAUCCACACGGGGAUGACGGUAGAUUGAACAUCCUGCCUUACGUCUGCCUAGACUGAGUACAGUUUUGCUAAAAUGCUUUUACAUCGGCAGUUAGCAAAAACGGCAGACACUAUGCCACUUAAACAUGGAGAAAGCCUCCUGUCCUGGACAAACAGGCCCAACAAGCAGAGGGUGUGAGGGAGCUGGUUAUUUACAGCUCUUUCCUUUAAAUUCUCCUUUUGUGAAAUGCUGCUACCAGUUUACUAACAAUUGCAAGGGAAGGCAUACGAAGGUUGAUAAAUUGAGUUCAAAACUCUAUAGCGAGCCAGCUAUAAAAAAGUGUUAGUCCCCAAGAAGUGAAGAUGAUUUCCAGCACUUUCUGAAUGCCGGAAUCUUACUACAGGCAGGUACAGAGAAAAUUGUGAAAGUUACCUUAACAAAAUAUGCAUCUAUUUAUUUGACUUGAUUUGGGUUUUUAUUUGGCAGUGAGAUAUUCGAGAGACAAUGUGCAAAAACUGUAGUUUUAUUUGUAUCACAUCUUCGAACAUGAUUGCGUUUUUAAAGUCAUGUGGUACGGAGAUUGGGUUUUAAACAGCAGGUGUUGCACUGCAGGCUGGGAAACCAGCUUCAGCUCAACAUUCCAUAGGCAUCCACAUAUUUUAGUCUGGUUUCAGUUUAAAUCCAGUCUCUGAGAAAUGCUGCAAAAACUAGAUGUUUAAAGAUAUUUUUGAUCCCACCACCACCAGCCAAAUAUUUUUCCUCCUUUUCCCUUCCUGCAAUCUUCUAGGAAAAAAAAAAUCACCUUUUCUAGAAUCUAAACGUAAUGAGGGUGCUACAAGUUUGUAAUUGUACUGUGAGAGGGAAAAAGGAAGCCUGUUUGUAUGCUGGAAAUAUACUUGUUACCAUUCCUUUAGAUAUUGUUUGCCUUAUGGAUAUCCAUCAUAAACGCAAUUUGCAAAAACAAAGAGCCUUAGUGAAUGUACAGUAACUAGACUUCUGUGUUCUUGGGAUGCAGAAGGGAGCAACUUUGCUAUUUGGUCCUUUAAGUGGACACAUUGUGAUAUAAAUGUGGAAAUAAAAAAAAAUUUGCACAAAA